AUGCAAGCGAAAGAAAUUUUUGACUUCUUCUAUCCAGGAGCAGGUUACGCAAGUUUGGUCUUCAUCCUGGGGCUCAUCUUGUUGCUUUACUGCCAUGAGAGCCACUCCUUCACAUGCAUCAAUUCAUACCCUUGGGAUUUAUUUCAGCGCAAAGCCAAGCAAGAGUUCGAAUCCGAUGCCAGAGGACUAAUAGACAAGGGCCUCCAAAUGGGCCGCUCUGCUUUUCAGCUAGUGACUAACAUGGGAACUUACCUGAUACUGUCAGACCGAUACGCCGAAGAAAUCAAAAAUGAUGAUAGAUUCAGUGCUUUCGAUGCGCUAAAUGAUGUUAUCCUCCUCGAACUGCCUGGCUUCGAGACCAUGUUUCAAGGUUCAUUGCAUAAUCAUGUGUCUCCCGUUGCAGUCUGGGCUUUGAACAGGGAGCUAGUUCAUUUGACGCGUUCUCUCUCCGAUGAAACCGGUCAGUGCUUGCAAGCACAAUGGACUGACGCGACCGGCUGGCAUAACGUCUCCAUCCAUGACACGGUGCUAACCUUGGUCGCACAGCUUACCACUAGAGCACUUAUUGGCCCAGAGCUCUGCCGUAAUCCUGAGUGGAUUGAUAUUGCCAUCAGCUUUACAAUCAUUCGUGCGAUUGCCGUUGCAGACAUACAAUCCUGGCCAAGAAUUUUACAGCCAGUCGUUCAUUGGUUCUUGCCUACUUGCAAGGCUGUUCGCCGCCAAAUCAAGCGAGCACAAGACAUCCUUAUGCCAGUUCUGCACCAUAAAAAACAGUCAAUCAACACGGGAGAUCACUCUACCGAACAUGAGUUUUCCACACUGACUUUUAUUGAUCAGUAUGCUCAAGGCUCCCGCUAUGACGCUACUAUGGCCCAGUUGCGCCUAAUAGCUGUAUCGGUCUUGACUACUUCCGAUAUGGUGGAAAAGGUUUUAGCGAGAUUCUGCGAGUAUCCCGAACUUAUUGAGCCACUGCGUGACGAAGUGAUCUUGGCGUUCGAGAAAAGUGGUCUGAAUCACAAUUCUCUUCUUAAGCUAACACUCAUGGAGAGUGUGAUGAAAGAAAGCCAGCGGUUGGAACCUGCCACUCUAAUAUCAAUGUUCCGUGUGGCCAAAGAGAAAGUGACCUUGGAGGACGGCACGAUCAUACCCAAGGGUACCAGCCUGGCAUUUGCAAACGAACUCAGAUUGGAUCCAUCAAUGUACCCUGAUCCUGAAAAAUUCGAUGGUUAUCGGUUCCAGAACAUGAGAAAGAGUCCCGAGAAAGCCGGGCUGGCCCAAUUUACUAAGACUCGAGUGAGUCACCUCGCUUUUGGUCAUGGGAGACAUGCAUGUCCAGGGCGCUUUCUAUCCUGCGACGAAGCAAAAUUGAUCCUAUGUCAUAUCUUGCUCAAGUACGACAUUAAGCCAGCUGACGAACACGCUUCAAACUUGGCUGUCCGCGGCAUGUUCAUCCAAAGGGACUCGAGGGGGGUCAUGUCGGUCAAACUUCGCGAGACAGAAGUUAUGUUGUAG